AUGCAAACUCUUCUACCGCCGGCACCAUUCUCCGGCAGGUUCACGGCGGUUCCACUCUCAGUCUCCUCCAUUUCCGCCCCACAUCUUCCCCGAAGAGUUCCCAUCCCGAAUUCCCUUCCCUCACUCCCUCUCAAGCUUACCGCUUCUUCUCCCUUUUUCAGCUCCUUCAUUUCUCACCGACCAUGGAACCUUCCCUUCACCGUAACCGCUUCUUCCCAACCCUCUCCACCUUUCACUCCCUCCACCGAAGAAUCAGAAAAAGCAAAACUCGAUCAGGUUUCAAAGAGAUUGGAGAAAACGGCGAGGCAUUUUAAGCGAUUAGGUAGCUUAGGGUUUUGGGGUCAGCUAGUGUGCACCAUUGUAUCAGCAGUUAUACUGUCGUUUUCAGUUAUCGUUACCGGGAAAGUUACAUCCCCGGCAACGUUUUAUGCUACAGCCGGUGGGAUUGCUGCUGCAUUCAUUUCAGUAUUUUGGUCCUUUGGUUAUAUUAGGCUCUCCGACAGGCUUAGGAGAACUGCAACCGAUCCUACCAAGGCACCUCCUCGAUCUGAUGUGGUGAAAAGCUUACAAAAUGGUAUAGUAUUGAACCUUUUGGGGAUGGGUGCUGCUAUUCUAGGUAUGCAAGCCACAGUUGGAUUCUUGGUUGCAAAAGCUCUAACUUCUUCUGCCAACCCAUAUUAUCAGGGGAUCGCUCCUGGUUCAAGCCCGGUUCUCGCGUUGGAUGUCUUUUUGGUGCAGGCUUCGGCAAACACAAUUCUCUCUCAUUUCCUUGGGAUUCUUUUCUCCCUAGAAUUGUUGAGAUCGGUCACAUUACCGCCUUCAGAAGCUCUUCCAUUUCUCAAGUUUGCAUAA